GGCCCGCCCGCCAGCCCCGGCCCCUUCGCCACCCGCUCGCCGCUCUUCAUCUUCGUGCGGAGGUCGCCGCUGCUGCCGCGCUCCUCCAGCGGGUACUUCUCGUUCGAAGCCGAGCGCAGCCCCGCGCCCCUGGGCUGCGACAAGGCCACGCAGACCCCCAGCCCGCCCUGCCAGGCGCUCAGCCACUGCCUCAGCGCCAUGGCUUCCCGGUGGCAGUCCCACUCUCCAGCCGAAGAGGUGCAGCCGGAAAUCUGGAUCGCCCAGGAGCUGCGGCGCAUCGGGGACGAGUUCAAUGCCUCCUAUUGUCCACGCAGGGGUUUCUUGGAUUUCCARGUGGGGAAUCCCCAGGUGGUGAUCCUGCGCCUGCUGCGUUACAUCAUCCGCCUCAUCUGGAGGCUCCAGUGAGCGCCRGGCGCAUCCCGAGCCACCAGGACUGAAUUCCUCGCUGGCAAAGCCCGRGAAGGACGGACACAUGGAUGGAUGUGGGGCUCCCACCCUGCCUUUCCCCCAGGACAAGUGGCAGGAUGAGGGUGGCCAUCCCAUUGCCACCACAGCGUUUUAUGGCAGAGUGACGUUCACUCGGUGUUUCUCUGCACUCUUUUAUUCAUUUUUUAACUGUUUUUUCCAAAAGAGUCUCAGAGAAAAAAAAUGGAACAAUGUUUUGUCAUCGUUCCUGGAAUCUUGCGGGAUGAGCCCCAUGGAGGGAAAGAGGGACACCUGAGCCAGCUGAUGGGCAGAGCCGCCGGAGUUUGCCUUGUAGAGACUCGGAUUCCUCCUCUCCCUUUGCCUCUGGGGGCAUCUGCCCCGCAAAAAGGCUGGGAAAAGGGCAGAGGGAUUAAUCAGCACUUCUUUUACCUGUAAAUACCUAUUGCUACCCCAAAUCCAACUUCAUUUGCAUCAUGCAAAUCAGCCUAUUUCCUGCUGACUGAUUUUUAUUUUUUGGGUUUUUAUAUCUCUGUUUUUUUGAUCUACUCUGAAUUUCAAGACCUCGCUGUCGAACUCCAGGGUCCAAACCAUCACAACCAACCAACCAAACAAAAACAACCCCAAGCCACCAGGUUGCCUUUUUUAAAAGAAAUUCUUUCUAUAAAAUGUGUGAAAACGCUUCUGUAGUGUCUGAUGAUGUGGGAGACUGAGCAAUCCAGCAAUAAACCAUUCCGGAGGCAGGCAGCAGCUCCUGGAACGCCACAGCCAGAGGAGACAGCAGCAGGACCUGCUGUGAGUCGUGGCUGUUAAAAAGGAGGUUUCCAAUGUCGYUUUUCUGGGAUCCUCUCCGUGUUUGGACAGGGAUGAGUUUGGAUGCAGAUGGAAGGAUGCCAGCCUGACACGGAUCCAGCCAGAACAUUCUAUGGUGAUCCGACYGUUCCGUCUCCUCCUGGAGAACCUGCCCAGGUGCUCCAUGUCCCAGGGCAUCUCCCCUUCCCCCCAGAGCUGUGGGGUGAUUCCCGUUAUCUCCUGGCGGAUGUUUUUGGGGGAUUGGCUGCCCCGGCCAUCCCAUAUCUAUGCACAAACAUCCCCCUUCGCUCAGGCUGGUGCAGGUGCUCCCCAAAGCUGCGGGGUUGUUUCUGGUCUCACCAGCACCAUAGGAAAAGAAAAGGAAAACCCCAAUGCCAAGCCUGCCCCGAGCGGUUGUUCCCACUGGGAGAAGCUGCUGAGUGCCAUGGAUGGUGAUUAGUGUUAAUUAAUGAUGGACAGAGCCCUGUGGGAUCUCUGCGUGGCUGUGGCUGGUGGAUCGGAGCGGGGCCUCCCCUCCUGCUCCUGGAGGUUUGUGCUGUGAGUUUUAACCUCGAUUGCCAAUUUUGUCCCCUUUUUUUCCUUGGAAGUGCUAGGUGAGCAGUGGUUGCAGGAGCAGGGAAUGUUUUGGGAAGGGCAUUUUGGAGCCCUUUAGGGGGAACCUUUGCACUGGUGGAGAGCGAGUGGUUCAAAGAGAGCUUGGCCGGGGCAGAUCCUGCUCCUCAUCCCUUGGGAUUUACCCCUGGCUUUGGCUCACUGUGGCUGUGCUGCCCCAGCCAUCCCUUUUUUACUGUAGGCUGCUGCCAGGGAUUUCCCAUGGAAGCCUCCAUGGAAUUCCGUUGGUAAAAUUAAAAUGGAACGGAUAAAACUUGGCAGCAGAGGUGGAAACCCAGUGAGAAUCUUUUCCUGCCAGUUGAGUUCCAUCACUGCUGGUGGAUGAAAUGGUGCUUUGGGAUCUCCCAGCCUUUGGCAUCCCGGAAUGUGUCCCUUGGAGUACACCAAAGAAUCACCAAAGAGCACUUUACCCCUUCCUCCCAUGGAGACAAAAAACAGAUUCAUUUUAAGGAAAAAAAACCUCAAGGUAUUGGCGAAGUAUCCCAGGGWCUUCUCCACAGGGGGAGUUCCCAGCCAAAAAUCAUAGGAACRUGACCCCCCACAAAGCAGGAUUUCCUGUGGAGUUGUGAGGUUUAGUGGGAAAAAUUCCCCAAAAAACCUCGAAACAGAAGAAUGGUGUAAAAUAGGCAUUUAUGCUCCUUUUAGCCAUGUUGGCUGCCUGCUCUGGGUCAUUUUUAAGCGUAGCCCGUGCUCUGUGUUGCACCAAAAGGAUGAAGAGUUUUCCUUGGAAAACAGAUUGAUCCCAUUCUUGCUUCUCCUCUUUUCCACCAAACUGUAAAUACCCAGAUAUUUAUUAGAGUAGAGCACCRUAUAUUUUCAUCAUCUGAGCCAAAUAUCUGUUUCAUACAGUGCAAUGUAUUCCCUCUUCUUUCUCUCCUGUAAGUUUUGUACAGCUUAGAAAUACUUUUUAAAAAACAUCAGCAACAACAACAAAAGAUUUUUUUAAAAAAAUCCUGUUUUUUCCUACACUUUUUUAGAGUUGAAUUGGUAAAUACUGUAGGUCCUUUUUUUGUUUUGGUUUUUUUUUCCCCCUGUGUAAUUAAUGCACUCUACUGUUUAAUGCUGUAACUUGUAGAAACGUUGUAUAUUUAUUUCCUGCUUAUUUAAGUUCCUGUGAAGAUUUGGUUUCCUCCCGGACAGAAGUGUUGGAUCCCCUUCCAAAGCCAUYGUGGUGUGGAUAACGAGAUUUCAAUCUUUUUUUUUUUUUUUUUGUUUGUUCCAAGUGCCUAAGUCCCCACUUCCCAGGAGCGAUUUAGGCACAUCAAAGACUUCAGCAUUAGUGAAAUUCAGCGGGAAUUUGGCUCCUCCACCCCCUGGGAUUGCUUCAGCCAGGUUUUCCUGGAGUGACUGUCCCAUGGGAUCGCGUGAAUCACUAAAUCAUGUCGCAGGACCCAGCGUAUGUAGCAUUUUUUACUGCAAUUUCCCUGCCUUCCUUGUGUUUUGCACUGAUGAAUUUUGGACAGGGUAAUUGCCACUUUACUUGUGCAAUAUUGCUGUAAAUAAUCGCAAGAGCCUUGUUUUUUGGGGGUUGUUUUUUGGUUUUGUUUUUAAGAAUCUUUUAUGUUCUUAAUAUGAGUUUUAUAUGAAUAAAAACUUUGAACUAUU